GGGAGAAAGCCCCUGUUGGUGGCUCCUGAUGUCCUGGCCAAGCUCAUGGCCAUGCUGUGACUGAGCUGCAGAGGGACAGAAGGCUCCUAUCACAGAGACACGCGAUGUCAGCCGGUUCCUUCCUGCUUUCUGUUGGCUGAUUGUUAAGAGCCAUGAGCAGAGACGCUGGCAUGGAGCUUUUUGGUGAGGCAGCACCGUACCUGCGCAAAUCCGAGAAGGAGAGAAUAGAAGCCCAGAACCAGCCUUUUGAUGCCAAAACCUACUGCUUUGUGGCUGACCCCGAGGUGGAGUACACCAGAGGGAGGAUUAAGGCUGCACAGGAUGGGAAGAUAACUGUUGAGACAGAGGAUGGCAGAACAGUUGCUGUCAGACCUGAUGAUGUGUAUGCCAUGAACCCACCGAAGUUUGACAGAGUUGAGGACGUGGCCAUGCUGACCCACCUGCACGAGCCUGCCGUCCUCUACAACCUCAAGGACCGCUACAGCUCCUGGAUGAUCUAUACCUACUCGGGUCUCUUCUGCGUCACCGUCAACCCCUACAAGUGGCUGCCGGUGUACAACCCCGAGGUGGUGUUGGCCUACCGAGGCAAGAAGCGCCAGGAGGCCCCUCCACACAUCUUCUCCAUCUCUGACAACGCCUAUCAGUUCAUGCUGACUGAUCGUGAAAACCAGUCUAUCCUGAUCACCGGGGAGUCGGGCGCGGGGAAGACGGUGAACACCAAGCGCGUCAUCCAGUACUACGCGACAAUCGCCGCCAGCGGGGACACGGCCACCAAGAAGGAGCCCCCGAUGAAGGGUACGCUCAAGGAUCAAAUCAUCAGUGCCAACCCACUGCUGGAGGCCUUUGGGAAUGCCAAGACCGUGAGGAACGACAACUCCUCACGCUUUGGUAAAUUCAUUCGUAUCCAUUUUGGAACCUCUGGAAAGCUGGCCUCCGGUGACAUUGAGACCUACUUGCUGGAAAAGUCAAGAGUCACUUUCCAGCUGAAAGCUGAGAGGAGCUACCAUAUCUUCUACCAGAUCCUCUCCAACAAGAAGCCUGAACUGCUUGAGAUGCUCCUUGUCACAGCCAACCCCUAUGACUACCCCUUCAUCAGCCAAGGGCAGAUCUCUGUGGCCAGCAUUGAUGACCAGGAGGAGCUUGUUGCCACAGAUGCAGCCAUUGACACUUUGGGCUUCAGCCCUGAUGAGAGAACGGGGAUCUACAAGCUGACAGGGGCCAUCCUGCACUAUGGGAACAUGAAAUUCAAGCAGAAACCACGUGAGGAGCAGGCAGAGCCUGAUGGCACAGAAGAGGCUGACAAAGCAGCCUAUCUGAUGGGCCUGAACUCAGCAGACUUGCUGAAAGCUCUGUGCUAUCCCCGGGUGAAAGUGGGAAAUGAAUAUGUCCUGAAGGGCCAGACAGUGGAUCAGGUGCACCAGGCAGUGAAUGCCAUUGCCAAGUCUGUCUAUGAGAAACUCUUCUUGUGGAUGGUUGUUCGCAUCAACCAGCAGCUGGACACGAAGCUGCCAAGACAGCACUUCAUUGGGGUCUUGGACAUUGCUGGCUUUGAGAUCUUUGAGUUCAACAGCUUUGAGCAGCUGUGCAUCAACUUCACCAAUGAGAAACUGCAACAGUUCUUCAACCACCACAUGUUCGUGCUGGAGCAGGAGGAGUACAAGAAGGAGGGGAUUGAAUGGGAGUUCAUUGACUUUGGCAUGGACCUGGCUGCCUGCAUUGAGCUCAUUGAGAAGCCCAUGGGCAUUUUCUCCAUCCUGGAAGAGGAGUGCAUGUUCCCCAAGGCAACUGACACCUCUUUCAAGAACAAGCUCUAUGACCAGCACCUGGGCAAGUGCAGCAGCUUCCAGAAGCCCAAGCCUGGCAAAGGCAAGGCUGAGGCUCACUUCUCCCUGGUGCACUAUGCUGGCACAGUGGACUACAACAUCACUGGGUGGCUGGAGAAGAACAAGGACCCUCUGAAUGAAACUGUUGUGGGGUUGUACCAGAAAUCCUCUAUGAAAAUUUUAUGCCAUCUUUAUGCCAGUUUUGCUUCCCUAGAUGAAGCUGAAGGUGGUGGGAAGAAGAAAGGAGCCAAGAAGAAGGGCUCUUCCUUCCAAACGGUCUCUGUACUCUUUCGGGAAAAUCUGAAUAAGCUGAUGUCUAACUUACGAACAACUCAUCCUCACUUUGUGCGUUGCAUCAUUCCCAAUGAAACAAAGACCCCAGGCCUGAUGGAUCACAAGCUUGUUCUGCACCAGCUGCGAUGCAAUGGUGUUCUGGAGGGCAUUCGGAUCUGCAGGAAAGGAUUUCCUAACAAGAUUCCAUAUGGGGAUUUCAAACAAAGAUACCACCUUCUGAAUGCCAGUGUCAUUCCAGAAGGAAAGUUUGUUGAUAGCAGGAAGGCGUGUGAAAAGCUGCUGUCUUCCAUUGAGAUAGAUCAUACUCAGUACAAAUUUGGACACACAAAGGUAUUCUUCAAGGCAGGUUUGCUGGGUGUCCUGGAAGAGAUGAGAGAUGAACGUUUAGGACAGAUGAUCACACGGACCCAGGCUUUGUGCAGGGGAUACCUCCGGAGACUUGAGCUGAAAAAAAUGUUUGACCACAGGGAGUCCAUCCUCUGCAUCCAGUACAACAUCCGUGCAUUCAUGAAAGUCAAGCAGUGGCCCUGGAUGAAGCUGUACUUCAAGUUUAAACCCCUCUUAAAAAGUGUGGGAACUGAGAAAGAGCUGGCCAUGAUGAAGGAAGAGUUUGAGAGAACAAAAGAAGAACUGGCCAAAUCAGAAGCCACCAGGAGCAAACUGGAAGAAAGAAUGGUGGCUCUGGUGCAAGAGAAAAAAGACCUCCAGUUGCAAGUACAAACUGAAAAUGAAAAUUUGGCUGAUGCUGAAGAAAGAUGCGACCAGCUGAUCAAACUAAAAUUCCAGCUGGAAGCAAGAAUAAAGGAGGCAAUGGAAAAGCUGGGAGAUGAUGAGGAGAUGAAUGCUGAUCUGGCAGCCAGAAAGAGGAAACUGGAGGAUGAAUGCUCUGAGCUGAAAAAAGAUAUGGAUGACCUUGAGUUAACAUUGGUCAAGGCUGAAAAGGAAAAGCAUGCUACUGAAAACAAGGUCAAAAAUCUGACUGAAGUAGUGACAGGUUUGGAUGAGACUGUUGCAAAGUUAGUCAAGGAGAAGAAGGCCCUGCAAGAAGCCCAGCAACAGGCACUGGAUGACCUGCAAAUAGAGGAGGAGAAAGUUAAUACCCUCACCAAAGCCAGGAUCAAGCUGGAGCAGCAAGUGAACCACGUUGAAGGAUCUUUGGAACUCGAAAGAAAAGCGUGUGUGGACCUUGAACGAGCAAAGAGAAAGCUUGAGGGAGACUUGAAACUUGCACAGGAAACCAUAGUAGAUCUGGAGAAUGAUAAACAACAUUUAGAUGAAAAAUUAAGGAAGAAAGACUUUGAUUUUAACCAGAUGCAAAAUAAAAUUGCGGAACAGCGAAAUUCAGGUACUCAUUUGCAGAAGAAGAUCAGAGAAUUGCAGGCCCGUGCUGCAGAGCUGGAAGAGGAGACCAUGAGUGAGAAAACAACGCGGACAAAAGCAGAGAAGCGUUGUGCUGAGCUGGCUCGGGAGCUUGAGGAAACCCGUGGGAGCCUUGGAGAGGCUGGAGGAGCCACCACCGCUCAAACAGAGCUCAGCAAGAAGCGUGAGGCCGAGUUCCAGAAGAUGCGCCGUGACCUGGAAGAGGCCACGCUGCAGCACGAAGCCACGGCUGCUGCCCUGCGCAAGAAGCACGCGGACAGCACAGCUGAGCUGGGCGAGCAGAUCGACAACCUGCAACGCGUGAAGCAGAAGCUGGAGAAGGAGAAGAGUGAGCUGAAGAUGGAGAUUGAUGACUUGGCCAGUCGUACAGAGGCCGUUACCAAGUCCAAGGCUAUUCUGGAAAAAAGGUACCGUGUACUGGAGGAUGAGAUGAGUGAGAUUAAAACCAAACUUGAGGAGCACCAGAGGAAUGUGAGUGAGGUGGUGAUGCAAAAAUCCCAGCUCCAGACAGAGUCUGGUGAACUAAGCCGUCAACUCAAAGAGAAGGAAACCAUGAGUUUGCAGUUGUCCAGAAGCAAAGAGGCACUUACACAGCAGAUGGAUGAACUCAAGAGGCAGCUGGAGGAAGAGAUCAAGGCCAAGAGUGCCCUGGCCCACGCCCUGCAGUCCGCUCGCCACGACUGUGACUUGCUCCGGGAGCAAUAUGAGGAGGAGCAGGAGGCCAAGGGGGAGCUGCAGCGAGCCCUGUCCAAGGCAAAUGGUGAAGUGGCCCAGUGGAGAACCAAAUACGAGACGGACGCGAUUCAGCGCACGGAGGAGCUCGAGGAGGCCAAGAAAAAGCUCUCUCAGCGUCUCCAGGAAGCAGGGCAGCAGGCAGACACGCUGAAUUCCAAGUGUGCCUCCUUGGAGAAGAUGAAGUUUAAGCUGCAGGGGGAAGUGGAGGAUCUGACACUGGAUAUAGAGAGAGCAAACACAUCAGCAGCUGCCCUUGACAGGAAACAGCAGAAUUUUGAUAAGGUCAUGGCAGAAUGGAAGGGGAAGUAUGAGGAGAGCCAGCUGGAGCAGGAAGCUCUCUCUAAAGAAGCAGGCUCACUGCACACAGAGCUUUUCAAAGUGAAAAAUGCCUAUGAGGAAACCUUGGAUCAGAUCGAGACGAUCAAGAGGGAGAACUCGGCUCUCCAGCAGGAAGCAGCUGAUCUCACUGAGCAAAUUACUGCCAAUGGCAAAAUGAUCAGAGACCUUGAGAAAGCCAAAAAGCAAGCUGAAAUAGAAAAAAAUGGUCUCCGAACAGCUCUGGAGGAGGCAGAGGCAGCUCUUGAGCACGAAGAAGUCAAAAUCCUUGGUGUCAACCAAGAACUGACUCAGAUAAAGUCAGAAAUCAGCAGAAAGAUUGCUGACAAGGAUGAGGAGAUCAACCAGCUGAAAAAGAACCACGAAAGGAUUGUGGAAGCAAUGCAGAGCACCCUGGAUGCUGAGAUCAGGAGCAGGAAUGAAGCCCUGAGGCUGAAGAAGAAGAUGGAGGGAGACUUGAAUGAAAUGGAGAUCCAGCUGGGUCAUGCCAACCGCCAGGCUGCAGAGGCACAGAAGAACCUGCACAGCAUCCAGGGAGCUCUCAAGGACACUCAGCUGCACCUGGACGAUGCUCUCAGGACACAGGAUGACCUGAAGGAGCAGGUGGCCAUGGUGGAGCGCAGAGCAAACCUGCUGCAGGCUGAAGUUGAGGAGCUCCGGGCAGCCCUGGAGCAGACGGAGCGGUCGAGGAAAUUGGCUGAGCAGGAGCUUCUGGAUGCCACUGAACGGGCACAGCUCCUCCACACCCAGAACACCAGCCUUUCUAAUACAAAGAAGAAGCUUGAAACCGAUAUGGCACAACUCCAAACAGAGAUAGAGGAUGUUUCUAAUGAAGCAAAAAGUGCUGAAGAAAGAGCUAAGAAGGCAAUGACAGAUGCAGCCAGGAUGGCAGAAGAGCUGAAGAAGGAGCAGGACACCAGUGCCCACCUGGAGAGGAUGAAGAAGAACCUGGACCAGACAGUGAAGGACCUGCAGCACCGUCUGGAUGAGGCCGAGCAGCUGGCACUGAAGGGAGGGAAGAAGCAGAUCCAGAAGCUGGAGGCCAGGAUCCAAGAAUUAGAAGCUGAACUGGAGGAAGAACAUAAAAAAUCCUCAGAGGCUAUGAAAACCAUCUUCAAAUAUGAACGGCGUUUCAAAGAGCUCACUUUUCAGUGUGAAGAACAAAAGAAGAACAUGAUUAGGUUACAAGAUCUGGUAGAUCAACUGCAGAUGAAAAUCAAAUCCUACAGAAAACAAGCUGAGGAAGCUGGUGAACAAGCCAAUACUGAUCUCUCCAAACUGAGAAAUGCCCUGCAUAAGAUAGGUGAGGCCCUGGAAAGGGCAGAGAUUGCUGAGAGCCAAGCAAAUAAACUCAGAGCUAAGGCCAGAGAAGGCUCUGCUACAAAGGUGGUGUUGGGAACUGAAAAAUGAGCUUCCUCUGGGAUAACUAGAACUUCCACAAAGUAUCUCUCCAGCUGUGGAAGUAAUUUUCCCUUUGUUUAUGAACACAAACAUUUUCUGUCGCUGCUGCUGUACCAGUGUCAAUAAAAUAGAUAUCUGCAACUUCAAA